UAUUCAUUGUGUGGCUGUUUGCGGGAACAUUGUCCUUGAAUAAUAAUGUACUCAAAACAAAACGAGACAACGUAUAUUUUCAGUUGAUAUUGACAUAAAGAUAAAAUACUAUAUGCUCAUUUGACAUAAAACUGUCAAGAACAUGCAAAAUGGCAAAAGGAUUUGGUUCAAAAGCUAAAAGCGUGAUAGGGAAAUUUUACCACGGUUUAAAAUCUUUGACUGGUUUGAUAAUUUUACUGAUGGUAUACAGUUUCACUGGAGCCGUUAUAUUUGUUCUCGUCGAGACACCGCAUCAAGAAGAACUGGCAUUAGCAAAAGAACCAAAGCACAAGAACCUGGUUCAACUGUUAUUGAACUUGACAGUGUCUCUGAAUAGUACUGAGUUUGAAAAAGUUAGAAAUGAAAUUAUAACUCUAAUAAACAUAUUUGAUGCUGAAACCUUUGAAAAAAUGCACGGAAAGAGAUGGGAUUUUUGGAAAGCAUUGUUUUUCUGUGGAACUAUUUAUACAGCAAUAGGUUAUGGCGAUAUUUACCCUAGAACUGAUGCAGGAAAAGUUUUUGCAAUAUUAUAUGCAAUAUUUGGAAUUCCUCUCGCUUUCAGAGUUUUAGCAGAAAUUGGUAAAAAGUUAACAACAAUCAUCAAAUUCUUUUAUUUUGGUGUAAAAAGAUCUUGUGCUAAGAAGGUACAAACCGCGGAUGGAGAAACCUUAAAAAAUGAAAGAAAUGAUGUUGCCCUUCCCACCGAACAUACUGAAAAAGAAAAAAAUGAAAUAGAAAUUGUUUGGGAAGAUAAGGAUGAAACAUUAAAAAAGGAAAUAGAAAAUAGUCUUCCUUUAGCUGUGCCAGUUAUUAUUUUAUUCGUUUACCUUGUUCUCGGAGCAUUUAUGUACACACGUUGGGAAGAUUGGGGCUAUCUAGAUGCUUUUUAUUUUACUUUCAUUUCCGUGAGUACGAUUGGCUUUGGUGAUAUUACCCCAGCACAUACGAAAUAUUUUAUAGUGACAUCCAUUUAUGUUUUUGUUGGUUUAGCAUUGGUAUCCGUAUGUAUUAACGUCUUUAUGGAAUUUUAUAUUGUUUCCAUAAAAGUGGCUGCACAUCGAAUGAACAGAGUCGGUUCCAAGAUAAUAAAAGGAUGCCAUUGUUGUAGCAGACGACAAAGUUUGUAAUUACUGACAAUUAGUCAAAGAUGUAGACAUACGAAGAAGUUUUACUUUGAAUUUUCGAAAUACUAAGGAUUUUCUACACCAGGAAUAGACUACCUUAGCUGUAUUUGACAAAACCUUGUUGAUGCCCUCAAUGCUCUUAGACUUCGUUCUUUGUUUGGCCUUUUUAAUUUUUUUGUUUAGCGUCACUGAUGAGUCUUUUGAAGACGAAACGCGCGUCUGACGUACAAAAUUUUAAUCCUGGCAUCUAUUCUGACAUCGGACUCGGACGUCUUUUAAACUGAGUUUUACUGUGCGUAUUGCUGUGUGUUUGUAUAUUCUACAUUGACUAGAGGUAUAAGGGGGGGGGG